AUGACAAGAAAAGUCACAAGUCCUAAAGGGAUCAUGAAUCAAAUGGCGAACCGGUGUUUACGGGACAAUAUGUUCAGAGGUCAACUUUCGACGGCUUCAAACGAAACUACUUGGCAAUUUUGCAAAGCGAUAUUAGAUAAAAAAAAAGAAAUAACAAAUUGUAUCAGAACCAACGAUGGGGUUUUAUUAAUACAAAAUGAUGUUAAAAACGUAAUACCAGAAGAGGAACAAAUUUAUACCCGAUGUAUUUAUAAUAGUGUAGUGUUUUAUGGUACACUUUAUACUAAAGGCAAUAAAACAAACAACACAACAGUCUACUUAGAUAACAAUAAAAUUGCUAAGAUUCAUUGCUUUUAUAAUCGACAUGAUCAAGUUUACGUAAAGGUAACAGUAGCUGCAGUAGAAAAAUUUGAUAUUUUUGAACAUAUAUUUGUUAUCAAAGAGUGGGAAAAUAAAUUUACAAUUAUAGAUAUAAAAAAAAAUAGUAUCAAAAAUGAAGAUGUCGAAGACAUGGAUGUUGAUAUCAGCAAUUAUGAUAAUAAUAACAAUAAUAGUGAUAAUAAUAGUGAAGAGAACAUUGAUAGCAAUGAUAAAAACUAUAAUAAUAAUGGUAAUGAUAGUAAUAAUAAUGUCGGAGAGUUUGAUAACGACAAUGUCAACUAUUAUUGUGCAGUUGAGACUGAUGAUGUUGCUAAUCUCUGA